AUGGGAAAGCUAGGCAUCCCUGUCAAGCUUCUGAACGAAUCUCAAGGCCACAUUGUUUCGUUGGAACUCACUAGCGGCGAAACUUACCGAGGAAAGCUUAUUGACAAUGAAGAUAACAUGAACGUUCAGCUGCAGGACGUUACAGUGACCAGCAGGGAAGGAAGCGUCACGCAUAUGGAUAAUAUAUUUAUAAGAGGGUCACAGGUUCGAUUUCUAGUUCUACCAGAUAUACUCAAGAAUGCUCCUCUUUUGAAGACGGACUUGGUUUCCAAACCUCCACCACCAAUACGAGGACCUAAAAGAAGAUGA